GGGGGGCGGGGGCAGACUCUGCCUGGCUCGGGGCCCUGUCGCCCUAUAGCCACGCUGUGCUGGUGACACCGUCCCCCCGCACUUGGCAGGAGCUGCGAGGGGUAACAGCUGGAGGGGGUGUGCCCAUAACACGCCAGGCACCCCCCCGCCGCGCCUCCCCUGGUGGGAAGCGGAGCCGCUGCUCGUUUUGGAACCGGCUCUCGCCCCCACGGGCAGGGUGUUUCGGAAAAGCAGUUUCACUUCACUACUUACACUGUAGAUGGAAUCAAGCCGUACGGGGCUUACGGCGGCCGCUUAUUUUGUAGCACAAAUAGGUGGCUGCUGGCUUGCAGGCUGUCCAGGUCCUGAGCUGAAUGGUCUCGUUCUCGCCCUGCUAUAAGCCUGUUACAAAACCACCCACAGCACUAGAGCUACAAGGAGUGUAUUAAAUAUCCAGAAGAAUGGCUGCUGAUACUUCUGUUGAAAUGUUUUCAAAAGUUCUGGAAAAUCAAAUGCUUCAGACUACUAAAGUAGUGGAAGAACAGCUGGAUGCUGAGAUUCAGAAAUUGGACCAGAUGGAUGAAGAUGAAUUGGAACGCCUUAAAGAAAGGAGGCUUGAAGCACUAAAGAAAUCCCAGCAGCAGAAACAAGAAUGGCUCUCAAAAGGACAUGGAGAAUAUAGAGAAAUCCCAAGUGAGAGAGACUUUUUCCAAGAAGUCAAAGAAAGUAAAAAUGUGGUUUGCCAUUUCUAUAAAGAUACAACCUUCAGAUGCGUGAUAAUAGACAAGCAUUUGGCAGUACUUUCAAAAAAACACAUUGAAACAAAAUUCCUGAAAUUAAAUGCUGAAAAAUCUCCAUUCUUGUGCGAGAGAUUGGGCAUCAAAGUAAUUCCCACUCUAGCACUAGUAAAAGAUGGAAAAACGCAAGAUUUUAUCGUUGGCUUUACUGAUCUUGGUAAUACGGAUGACUUUACCACAGAAACCCUAGAAUGGAGAUUAGGCUGUUCAGACAUAAUUAAUUACAGUGGAAACUUGAUGGACCCACCUUUUCAGAGCCAAAAGAAAUUUGGAACCAUUGUCACAAAGCUGGAUAAGAAAACCAUCAGAGGAAAGAAAUAUGAUUCAGAUUCUGAUGACGACUAAAAGCUCAGCUAUAAAUCUUUGUAUAACAUUUUUUGUUUAAGCUUGGUACAUUUCUAGGAAUGUUUUUAUAAAGUCUUUUGAUUUCGGUAUGUUUGCACAUAAUACUCCAUUUUUCUGUCAAUUUUAUAAACUGAUUCACAUUCGAAGAAAUUCCAACUAUUUGUUUGUCUUUGGAAGUAGGUUGAAAAUCUGAGCCCCUUUGAACCAGGUAUCAUCUGGGAACUGACCAUAAAUUUAAUCUGUUAUUUCAAAACAUUUCCAUAAUUUGCAUCUCAGUAUUUUAUACCAUUUAUCAUAUUUUCAAUAAAGGAAAUGUAAAGAGGCAAGAAUUGCAAAUAACUAUUACCGGAGUAGUGCAUCUUAAAGCAUUGCUUAUCUUAUAGUGCCAUAGUGUAGCAUUGACUAACUUAACUACAUUGGACAUUGUAAAACAGUCUUAGCUUUUGUAAAUUUUCAAGUAGAUUGUCAAAAUAAUUUCCCAUUUACCAAGUACGUAUACCACAUGUUGCAGCUGAACCAGCAGGUAAUAGCACUCAUCAACAAGUGUACUGAAACCACCUUGCUUGCAGGGUUAUGUAAUAUAAAUUCUGUGGUUGUGAAUUUUAGAGCAGAUGCUUAUACAAGAGAUUAGGUAGGAUAAGAACAUCAGGAGGGACAAUGUUUGGUUUUAAAUUUGAUGCAGUGCAAUAUAUUUUAUUGCACUGUUGCUCUUCAGUAAUAUAUAAGGCCUUACCUGAAUCGGGAGAUGAUCUUCAAAUAAUUGUGGCCGAGUUACAGAUAAGACAUGGAAAAUUGCAGAAAAGGAAUAAUGGACUUCUUUUAGUAGCAGUAAUUUGGAAAAGCCACAGUAGACCUACAAUAUAAACAACUCAACUAUUAUAUUAUGCCUGCAAAUUUUGCACCUAUAUUACAUUCAUUUUUUUUAAAAAGUAACUGGUACAAUAUAAAAUUCAGACUAAAAGUCUUAACACAACUGCUGUAGAAAUCAAGUUGUCACUUUAGCCAUUUACGUAUUACAGCCAUUGAAUGUUAGUGCAGUACGCCCUGCUACAGUGGUCUCCUUCAUGUCCUGUCUGCUUUGUCAUCCACAGAAUUAGGCAAGAUCAGUAGUGAUUGCUUUGCUGUCUCUGCUAACUCUGGUAAACACUGUAGAACUGAAGAUCAUUUAAUAUAUUAAUGGGGAAAAAAGCGUGUGUGGCAAACCUCAAAUGUAUGCAAAAUUGUGGACUGUGCAAAGAAACUAAAACAAAAUUGCGGUGGAAGUCUAAUACUCGAAAGCUGCAAUUUCAACAAUAGCGCAAGUGAAGUAGGGUUUUAGUAAUAGAUGUAUUUUUUCAGAAGAGGUCUCUCUCUCUCUCUCUCUCAUUGAAGCUCUCAGGCUAGCAUGGAGUUUAGUUUAUCUAGCUGAAGAAUGGAUGGGUUUCUUCUUCAGUGUUCAUAAACACUAGUUCUUAAUUGCAGAGCAAUGCAAGUCCUCUUGGGAAAUAAGCAUCAGUGGCACUUCCAGCUCCUUUUUGGCCUAACAAGCAAGGUGAAGACUGGAAAUCUAAUUAUUCCCACUGCUUAGUAGUGAAGAACACUUGCCAAUGAGCCAGCCCAGCAAUAUAUUUCUCUUAAGUCUGUAAAUCUCAAUUAUAUUUUGUUUCAGUUCGUGUACAUUGAAAUAAAGUUAUUUGAAUUCGGA